GGCUAUCGCCAUUUUGAGAUAUUCGCUAGUCUAGACGAUUUGUGGUUUCUCCUAUAUUUAUUACCGAUUAGACGUUGACAUAUGCAAGCAGAUAACCAUGAACAGGGAUUGUGGAUACGAAGAUCAAAGUUUUGGAGAUUACGGUUCAACGAUCAGUUCUGAUUAUCAUGGUAAUAUGAACUGUGAUAAUAAUGAAGUACAGGAUUUUCAUGAAAACAGACAAAUAGAUGAUUUCACUGCAACAGAUAAUUUAAAAAAUGUUAGAAGGGAUCUGGUAGAUUAUUCUGGUGGUCGAAGUGGAAGCCGUUUUGACAACAGUUUCAAUGAAGAUCUCAGAGAACAUGUUCAAAGUAGAAGUCAAGAACAAGAACAACAAGAAAGAAGUAGAGAUUACCAUAGCAGAGAGGAUAGUCGUGAUAGGGAUCGUGAUAGAAGUAGAAAUUAUCGCAGAGAUAGGGAUAGAGACAGAUCUCGUGAUAGAGACAGAGAUCGUGAUCGACAUAGGGAUAGGGAUAGAGAUCGUGACAGAUAUAGAAGUCAGGACAGAGACAGAGAUAGGGACAGGGAUAGAGAUAGAGAUCGGGACAGAUACAGAGAUGAAGAAAGAGAUCGCAAGCGAUACAGUGACCGAGAUGAUAGAAGAGAAUCUGAGAGUAGAAGAUACAGACAGUCAUCACAUGAAGAAGACAGUGGUUACCAAGAUUCUAGACGUAGCCCUGAAAAACAGAGCACAGUGAUUAUGUUAAGAGGACUACCAAGUGAUGUUACAGAAUCAGAUAUUAAUUCGGAAAUUGAAGAUUUUGGUAUUGUGGCCAAGGAUGUUGUUUUAACAAGAAAAAUGAAAGGAAAGAAAGCAACAGGUGCUUCCCGUGGUUUUGCUUUUGUGGAGUUUCAAAACCUAUCGGACGCCACUCAGUGGAUGGAACAGAACAAGGGUCGCAUUAAACUUGAUGGUCAGUAUGUAUAUAUGAGUUACAGCCAACCUAAACCACAGAAAGAACAAGAUUGGACUUGUUCAAAGUGUGGUGCCUAUAACUUUAAGAGGAGAGAUCACUGUUUUAAAUGCAGUAUAUCAAGAGAAGAAUCAUGCCAGUACAUCAAAGAUAACUAUGAUGGAUGUGAAGAAGUUGGUACAGAUCCUUAUCAAACAUUACUGGUGAGAGGACUGGACAUACUCACAACAGAAGACAAAAUAGGCACAGUAUUGGGUGCUCUCACUACUAUACCUAUCAAGGAUAUCAGAGUAGCUAGAGAUCCAUUGACAAAUACUUCGCGGGGAUUUUGUUACGUGGACUUUAUCACAGUUCAGAAAAGCACUGAGAUGUUGCAAGUAAUCAAUGCAAUGCAGACACCACUGUCUAUAGAUGGAAGGGAAGUUUCAGUGAGCUAUGCAAAAGACCACAGUAAGCCAGUUCCCAGCUUGAUUGAUAGUGCUGCCAAUACAGCAAUAGCAGCAGCACAGUGGUCAGCUAAUGCUGCAAUGCAGCAGCAGCAGCAACAACAGCUUGGUCAGGGAGCAGUGCAGAAUCUGUAUGAUUAUUCAACGUAUUACCAACAAGGAGCUGGAAAUGAAGAUUACAUUCAGUAUUAUAAACAGCUAGCAGAACAAGGUGUGGCUGCUUCUGCCGCAGUACAGCCUGCGCUAGGUGAUAUUGCGUCCAUUGCACAACAGCAAGUAGCAGCGGCACAGCAGCAUCAGGUGCAACAGCAACAACUGCAGCAACAUAUUGUAGCUCAGAUGCAGCAUCAGCAGCUUGCUGCACUUACCCCUCAGGAACGUCUCAAAAUGGAAGCUCAACAGUGGACUCAGCAGACUCAGCACUCUGAAAAUAACGCAAAAGAUAAAAGGAGGAAGUCCAAUAAAACAAAAGCUCACAGUGAACAAUAUUUUGAGCAACAACUUUUACAGCAACAAAAUCAACAACAGCAGCUGCAACAAUUUCAGCAACAACAACAAUUAGUUCAGCAGCAGCAGCUGCAACAACAGCAACCUGUGUAUCAGAGAUGCGUUAGUCAAGAGAGUAAUAAUAGCAAUAGUGGUGGUGUCGAGCUUCAUGCUAAAUAUCCUACGCCUGAUGUCUCCAAGUAUCAAUAUGAUCCUGCGUCAGGAUAUUACUAUGAUCCAACAACAAGUUUACAUUAUGAUGCUAAUUCAAAGUAUUAUUAUAACAGCCAGACUGGUCAGUAUUUAUAUUGGGAUGCUGCAAAGUCAACAUAUUUACCAGCACCUGAUUCACAAUCCGAUCCAAAACCACCACCUGCCCCCACGCCAACAAAGCCAGCUGAUACAGAUGAAAAAGAGAAAGUGAAGAAAGAAAAAACAUUAUCUGCUAAAAAGAUUGCCAAAGACAUGGAAAGAUGGGCUAAGAGUCUGAACCAAACAAAAGAGGGUCAUGGAGGUGCAGGGAAGAGGUCACAUGCAAGCAGUGCGGACACAGAAAAAAGCUCUGCCUCAGCAGAUGCUGGAUUUGCUGUCAUGGAAUGGAAGAGAAAUCUAGAAAGAAUGAAAGAAGUAGACACUGUGAAGAAGGCAGUUUCCAUACCAAUGCAGCAUCAACCACCAGCACCAAUAAUUGUUGCAUCUUAUGGCGGUGGAAGUGACAGUGAAUCAGAAGAACAAGAUGAGGCAGAGUUGAAAGAUUUAACCAUUCAUACUGAUUUAAGCAAACUAACGUGUAAUCUCUGCAAGCGCCAGUUUUCAUCAAAAGAAAUCCUGAUGAAACAUGUACAGUUCUCUGAUUUACACAAACAAAAUUUAGAAAUGUGGCAAAGAAGUAACAUGAGUGCUAAAGAAUUAGAUGCCCUUGCUAGAAAAGAACGGGAGGCUAAAUACAGAGACAGAGCCAAGGAAAGAAGGGAGAAAUAUGGUGUACCAGAACCCCCUGAACCUAAAAAGCGGAAGCGUAGAGAACCAAUCAUUGACUAUGAACAACCCACAAAGACAGGUAUUGGUAUGGAUAACAUUGGAAAUAAAAUGUUACAGGCCAUGGGUUGGAGUGAAGGUACUGGUCUGGGUAGAAAGAGACAAGGACGAAAAGAUAUAAUUGAGGUUAACAAAAGAACAGCAGGAGCUGGUUUGGGAAUGAGAGGGAGUAAUUAUGGAAGUACAGCAACAGACUCGUACAAAGAGACUGUCAAAAAAAUGAUGCAACAAAGAUAUGAAGAACUUUCUGAAGAUUAAUUUUUUUUAUACUUUAACGAAAAACGUCAUGUGGAUUCCUGAUCAUGUAUAGAUAUUUAUGAGAAUAAAUAUUUGCAUGGUACCUUUUACUGUUUUACCCUCCCAUCAAACUAACAGUUUAGAAUGAUUGAUAGCAAUAUGAGAAAACUUUAAACAUUUUUUAGGUUUCCUAUAAAAAUACUAUUACCUACCAUAGUUAUGUAUUUGUUUUCUAGGAGUCAAGUUUGUUUCUGUAAAUAUAAUGUAUUUUUAAGCUUUACAAUAUUGCUAAAUUAUCUUCUG